AUGGCUUUUCUCCUCAACCGAUCAAUUCAAUUUGUACUGCUUUCAAUUAUUUCAAUCGGAUUGUUUUGUAUCGGAGAAAUCAAUGCCGGUUGGGAUGUAAAAUCAGUACUGGGAGGAGGAGGAGGAGACCUUAAGCAGAGAGAAUUUGAUUACUUUAAGCUGUCUAUGCAAUGGCCGGGCACUGUCUGUCGGAACACUAAGCGUUGCUGUUCCUCCAAUGGAUGUUGCCGAGGUUCAAAGGCGCCGGUUGAAUUUACAAUCCAUGGACUCUGGCCUGACUACAAUGAUGGUACUUGGCCUGCAUGUUGUGCUGGUCACAGUUUUGAUGUGAAAGAGAUCUCGACAUUGCUUGAUGUUCUGAACAAGUACUGGCCAUCCUUCAGUUGUAGUUCUGUAUCAAAUUGCCAUGAAAAACAUGGAACUUGUUCCUCUUCAGUUACCAAAGAUGAAUACAGCUAUUUCUUGACGACACUUAAUCUUUAUUUCAAAUAUAAUGUUACGGAAGCUCUGCAAGAAGCUGGAUAUGUAGCAUCAAAUACUGAAAAGUAUCCUGUAGGAGGCAUUAUUUCUGCCAUUCAGAAUGCUUUCCAUGCAACUCCAGAACUUCAAUGCAAAGGUGAUGCUGUGGAGGAACUUCGGUUAUGCUUCUAUAAGGAUUUCAAGCCUCGAGACUGUGCUGCUGAUUCCAACCGCCAAAGCAACAUGGUUUAUUCGAAAAGCUCUUGUCCCAAAUAUGUCAGCUUGCCAGCCCAUGUGUCAUCGAGGCUUGAGAACGCUGGAACUGAAGUUUCCUCUACUCUAAAGUCAUCUAUUUGA